AUGUCUCUCUUCCCACGAACCCUGUACGAAAGCGGCUCCUCCUCCUUUACACCGCUGUUCCGCCUCCUCGACGAGUUUGACAGCUACAAUCGUCAGGAAGGCGGCGGCUCUCAGGGCGGCGACGGUGCGUCACUCGCUCGCAGCGGCGGGAGCGGCUUUGGCGCGUCCUUUUGGCAGCCCAAGUUUGACGUCCGCGAGACUGGCGACGUCUACGAGCUGCACGGAGAAUUCCCGGGCAUGAGCAAGGAGGACAUUUGCAUCGAGUUUCCCGAGCCCCAGACGCUCGUUGUGCGCGGAAAGUCGGAGCGAACCUACUCUUCUGGAUCUGCGCCGUCCUCGUCCUCGGCUGGUAGGAUCGAAGACGUCUCGUCUGACAAGCCAGCUGCCACCCCCGAGAGCCAUGGGAGCGAUGCCGUGGCGGCUCAUGCGUCCACCAAAACCACCGAAAAAACCGAGCAGCCAAAGUAUUGGCUCAAAGAACGACGAGUCGGUGAAUUUUCGCGCACAUUCAACUUCCCGUCUGCUGUAGAGCCAGACGGCAUCUCUGCCGGAUUCAAAGACGGCAUACUUUCCGUUUCGGUUCCCAAGGCUAAAAAGCCCCAGCCUCGACGUAUUGCCAUCAAUUAA